AGGUUAAUGAUCAACCGGCUACCUGCAGCACCGAAACCAGCCCACAGCCCGGAACGAGCACGACGCUGGCUGUAAAUGCCGUAAAUGAGGCUUAAAACGACUAGUUUGAACUUUUGAAAGACUCAUGUUUGAGACACAGAAACCCAGAAUCAGAGCUUCAAGUUAACUUCAAGUUUCACCCACAAGCUCGCUGACCUUGACAUGAAAAUGGACCGGUACAGGUACUUCAUCUUCAACCAGAGGAGCGUCCUGGUCCUCGGUGUCCUCCAGGUGGCCUGUGCGGGUCUCUGCGUUGUCUGCGGGAUCAUGGACGCAGUUUUCCGCAAAAACACCCCGCUGAGCAGCACCAGGACGCCGGUGUGGGGAGGACUGGUCAUGGCCUGUCCAGGUGUCCUGGCUCUCUUUGCCUCCCAGUGGAAACACUCAGUCCUGGUGAGUGUGAUGGUGGUAGCUGCAGGACUUUCCUGGGUUUCUGUUCUCUUCAUAUUGGGCUACUCCUGUCUGACUCUGACCUACGGGGAGGAGGAUGAAGAGGUCUUCCACCACCACAGCAGUCUUGAAGUGACGUUUGUCCUCCAUCGGAUGGUGAAGGGAGCUAAUGCCACCAUCCUGCUGAGCUGCUCCAUCAGCCUGGUUCUGUCUGCUCUGAUUGCCUUCAUGGGCUGCCGGAGUCUGCCCCGCUGUGGCUGCUAUGAUGCCAGGACCGGACUGGAAACUCUGGUUCCUCAGUGUGAUCCUGGAGACACGGAGAUGGUGUGCACCUGGCAAGGAGGCGACGACAGACUCUUCAACUCUCCUGCUCCGUCCAGCAGCAGAAGCACCACAGAAGAAAAGGAAGGUCCAUCCAGGCCGGCUUCAUACAGCAGACUGACCUAAUUGACACCUUCCUAAAGCUGUACCUGGACAGAAGAGAACCUCA